CCGCCCCGGCAGCGGAAGCGCAGGGAGGCGGCGGGGCCAUGGCGGCCGAGGCGGCGGAGCGGCACCUGCGGCUGCUGCGGGACGAGCGGGAGGCCGAGCUCGCCCAGAGCAGGGCCUGGCAGGAGAGCGUCUCUCUGAAGGAGCUGCAGCGCAGAGGUGUCUGCUUGCUCAGACUCCGAGCUGCCAGCCAGAGAACUGGCCUCUACGGGCGGCUGCUGGUCACCUUCCAGCCUAGGAGCCAUGAGGCCAGCGCCGAGCUGCCCUGCAACAGCCUUGGGCCUGGGGACAUUGUGGGGCUGUACGAGUCAGCUGGCCAGGGCGAGCCACUUUCCACAGGCAUCGUGACCCGUGUCACCCCCAAAGCUGUGACUGUUGCCUUCGAGGAGUCCCACCAGGGCCUGCCGAGCCUGGAGCAGGACAGCUCCUACCGCCUGCUGAAGCUGGCUAACGACGUCACCUACAACAGGCUGAAAAGAGCUUUGCAGGCACUGAAUCAGUACCGUGGUGGGCCAGCCUCAGACCUGAUCGACGUCCUCUUCUUCUCUUCUGAGCCAAGGGCAUUCAGUGAGACAAAGCCUCCAGAGUUUUACAACGAGUCGCUGGAUGCAUCACAGAAGGAAGCUGUCUCCUUCUCACUGGCUCAGAGGGAGCUUGCCAUCAUCCAUGGACCACCUGGCACAGGGAAGACCACCACACUAGUAGAGAUCAUCCUGCAAGCUGUGCAGCAAGGCCUAAAAGUGCUGUGCUGUGCCCCCUCCAACGUGGCUGUGGAUAACCUGGUGGAGAGGCUGGCUGGCUGCAGCGUCCGCAUCCUGCGGCUCGGCCACCCUGCUCGCCUGCUGGAGCCCAUCCAGAAGCACUCCCUGGAUGCAGUCCUGGCCCGUGGGGACAGUGCCCAGAUAGUGGCAGAUAUCAGAAAGGACAUCGACCAGGCCCUUGCAAAGAGCAAAAAGGCUCAAGACAAGGGGGAGCGGAGCCACUUCCUCGGUGAGAUGAAGGUGCUGAGAAAGGAGCUGAAGGAAAGGGAGGAAACUGCCAUGGCUGCAGCCCUCACCCAGGCCAGCGUCAUCCUUGCUACCAAUACAGGUGCUUCCUCUGAUGGCCCAUUGAAGCUGAUUCCUGAGAAUCACUUUGAUCUGGUGGUGAUAGAUGAGUGUGCUCAGGCCCUGGAAGCCAGCUGCUGGAUCCCACUGCUGAAGGCUCCCAAGUGCAUCCUGGCUGGGGAUCACAAACAGCUGCCCCCCACCAUCAUCUCUCACAAGGCUGCUGCCGAGGGCCUGUCGCUCAGCCUGCUGGAGCGGCUGGCGGAGCGCUACGGGCGGCAGGCGGUGCGGAUGCUGCGGGUGCAGUACCGCAUGCACCAGGCCAUCAUGCACUGGGCCUCCAGCGAGAUGUACGGCGGACAGCUCACCGCUCACCCCUCGGUAGCGCAGCACCUCCUCAGGGACCUGCCGGGCGUCACCUCAACAGAGGAGACCAACAUUCCCCUGCUGCUGAUAGACACUGCUGGCUGUGGGCUCUCUGAGCUGGAAGUAGAAGAUGACCAGUCCAAGGGCAAUCCAGGGGAGGUGCAGCUGGCUGGUUUGCACGUCCAAGCCUUAGUGGAAGCUGGUGUGAAAGCAAAAGACAUCGCUGUUGUAGCUCCCUACAACCUCCAGGUGGACAUGCUAAGGGAGCAGCUCUGCCACAGGUACCCAGAGCUAGAAGUUAAAUCAGUGGAUGGUUUCCAGGGAAGAGAGAAAGAGGCAGUGAUCCUGUCCUUGGUGAGGUCCAACAAGAAAGGUGAGGUGGGCUUCCUGGCGGAGGAGCGGAGGAUGAACGUGGCGGUGACCCGCGCCCGGCGCCAUGUGGCGGUGAUCUGCGACAGCCGCACGGUCAGCAGCCAGCCCUUCCUGCGCCGCCUGCUGGCGCACUUCGGCCAGCACGGGCACGUGCGCACCGCCUUCGAGUACCUCGACGACAUCGUGCUCCAGAACUACGCCCCCGAGGGUGGCAGAGGAGCGAAGCUUCCUGCGGCGCCCGGCCCCAAGCCGCAGCCGCCCGCCGGGAGGAAGCUGAAAGCCACAGCUGCCGCCAAGCAGGCGCCUCCGAGGCCACAAGCCACAAACAGACCUGAGAGAGAGAGCCCAGGGACAAACGGUGGUGCCGACAGGUUCAGGGCCAUGCUGAUGGCCUUUCUGGAGAGCAGCGAGGUGCAGCUGGAUUUCCCCCCAUCCCUCAGCUCCCAUGAGCGGCUGCUGGUGCACCAGGUGGCCGAGGAGCUGGGGCUGCAGCACGCCAGCAGCGGGGAGGGCAGGCAGCGCUUCAUCCGCGUCUGCAAGGACCGCCCUGCCGAGCCCACGCCGCCCGCAGCCACCCCCCAGAGCAGGCAGCUGCCCCCUCCUCAGCCACCGCAGCCCAGCGAGGACACCCCGGUCCCUGCUGGGCCAGGAGCGAGCAGCGAGGCCUCGGUGGACCUGAAAACCCUGCACCUGGAGCGGGUUCAGAGGGAGAAAGCCAGACGGGAGGAGGCAGCCAGGAAAGCUCCGGAGCCUCGUGCCAGCCUUCAGGGCAGCAGCAGGAAAAAAGACAAAAGUGAAGCCAAAGGGAAGGCAGCGGCAAGGAGUGGAGCAGGCAGCGCGGCAGAAGAAGACAUCGACGCUCUGAUCUCUGCUGCCGUUCAAGCUGACAGCACUUGCGGCUUCCCCCGCUGCAAAGCCAGUGUCACCGUCUUGGGACAGCUCUGCCCUCACUGCAGCAGGCGCUACUGCCUCAGCCACCACAUCCCCGAGGUUCACGGUUGUGGGGAGAAGGCCAAGGUCCAGGCACGGCAGAGGCUCAGCAGGGAAGGGAUCCUCUACCCUGGGAGUGGCUCCAAAGACAAGUCCCUGGACCCAGCCAGGAGAGCUCAUCUCCAGCAGCGCCUUGACAAGAAGCUCAGUGAGCUGACCAGCCAGAGGAAGAGCAAAAAGAAAGAGAAGGAGAAAUGAAAGAUCCCAAACCUUCCUUUUUUCUAACCUUGAAGUCACAGGUCAGACACCAUAAACCGAAGAUGCUGCUAAAGCUGCAGGGCUGUGCUGAGUGUGGGAGGAGAACAGGAGCUCUCCUUUUUGGGUGGCAGACAGCUUGGAGCCAGUGUGCCCAAGUAAAGCAUCAGUGGGGCUCCCUACGCUGCAGAGCUGAGAGAGAGGAGGCAGAGCAGCUUCAUUUGUCCCUGUCACCCUUACUGCCUCUGUGGUGGAUGGGCACAAGGGCUGCAGCAUGCCAGUAAAACGGGUAUUAAACACCUAAAGCCAUCA